UGCGCGGCUCGGCGCGCGCGGCUUCUUAAAUAUGGCGGCGGCGGUGUAAAGUCCGUUCCUGGCUCACGGGACCAGCGGGACAGAAUUUCAUUGCUCUUGCCGACAGGACCCAAGAUCCAAUGGAUGUCAAGAAGGAGACUCGAGAGAAAACUCAUUCAUCCACAUCUUCUGUGCAAAGUGAUGAUUUUGACUGGAACAUGUAUUUGAAAGAGACUGGAUCUCUAAGUGCCCCCUCAGAGUGCUUCAGACAGUCUAAGAUUCCUCCUGCUAAUGACUUCGAAGUUGGUAUGAAAUUAGAAGCCCAUGACCCUCGCAAUGCUACUUCAGUGUGUAUUGCCACAGUUAUUGGAAUUUCUGGGGCCAGAUUAAAUUUACGGCUGGAUGGUAGUGACAGUAGUAAUGAUUUUUGGAGGCUUGUUGAUUCCUCAGACAUACAGCCUGUUGGAACAUGUGAAAAGCAAGGAAACUUACUUCAGCCUCCACUAGGGUACCAGAUGAAUGUAUCAUCUUGGCCAGUGUUCCUUUUCCGAACACUAAAUGGAUCUGAGCUGGCACCUGCAACAAUCUUCAAGAAGGAACCACCAAAGCCACCCCUAAAUAAUUUUAAAGUGGGGAUGAAACUGGAAGCUACUGACAGAAAGAACCCAUAUUUCAUCUGCCCAGCAACAAUUGGAGGUGUUAAAGGAGAUGAAGUUUACAUCACGUUUGAUGGCUGGAGUGGAGUAUUUGAUUAUUGGUGCAAGUAUGAUUCUAGAGAAAUUUUCCCAGUUGGGUGGUGUUGCCUGACAGGAGAUGUAUUACACCCACCAGGAAAUAAGGUUCCUAUUGCAAAGAAUACAAAAAAAAUAGAAUCUUCCCCUUUUGACGCAACCCAGCAUUCAAUGCAGUCUCCACAGGAAACUGCUGUAAUACUGCCAACACAACAGAUCAGGAAAUCGGCUCGAAUUAAUAAACCACCUGGACCUACUCCAGCCCCUGAGAAGGGCAGUACUUUUAAAAAUAUACCAAAGAAAAAAAGUCAAAGCUCAGGAAAAAAGGAAAAAACUAUACCUGUGUUGUGUUCUACAUCUACAACUUCUCUAAGAACACUGGCAAGAAUUUCACGGGAUAGGAAUGUCAGUGCUGCUCCAUCUAAAAUAGUGAUGUCCACAGUCUGUGUUUAUAUAAACAAACAUGGAAACCCUGGCCCUCACCUGGACCCAAGGAGAAUCCAACAGCUACCUGAUCACUUUGGCCCAGGCCCUGUAAAUGUGGUGCUCCGGCGGACUGUGCAAGCCUGCGUGGAUUGUGCCUUUGAGUCAAAGACCGUUUUUGGGUUUCUUAAGCCAGAUAAUCGUGGAGGAGAAGUCAUAACUGCCUCUUUUGAUGGGGAAGUUCAUUCCAUCCAGCUGCCUCCAGUAAAUAGUGCAUCCUUUGCUCUUCGCUUUCUUGAGACUUUGUGCCAUAGCCUGCAGUGUGAUAACCUUUUGAGUAGCCAGCCUUUCAGCUCUUACAGGGGUAAUAUCCAAAGCCCUGUGGAACAUGAUAAAAAUAUAUCAGUGAAAGAAGAAAUACCAGAAAAGCAGAGCAUCAAACGAUCUGAACCUAUACCUUGUGUCAUUCCUAUCUCUGCUAAACAGCCCAAAACAGUGCAUGUUUGGAAAGAAGAACCAUUGUCUCCUGAGGGAAAAGACAUGCCCAAAGAGGAAGAGCUUAAAAAAUUGAAGAAUUCAUCAUUAAAUUCAGAAGAUUCUUUGAAUGCUACCUGUAGCGAUCUUACAUAUACGUCCGUCCAUAGGGUUUUUUCUCAAAAUGAGCCAGGCACCUCAAGUUCAACACUAGCGGAGACCAAAUCGUCUACCAUGAGCAGUUACUGUGAAGCUAAAUUCCAAAUGCAGAGGAAAAAUGAAGCUCCAAGUUAUAUAGCUGUACCUGACCCCAGUGUCCUAAAACAAGGCUUCUCUAAGGACCCUUCAACCUGGUCUGUGGAUGAAGUGAUACAGUUUAUGAAACAUACAGAUCCUCAGAUAUCGGACCCCCUCGCUGACCUCUUCAGGCAACAUGAGAUUGAUGGGAAAGCUCUGCUUCUACUCAAGAGUGACGUGAUGAUGAAGUAUAUGGGGCUGAAGCUGGGACCAGCAAUAAAGCUAUGUUACUACAUUGAAAAGCUUAAAGAAGGAAAAUAUAAUUGAAAAAAAGUAUCAGUUUAGAUUGGACAUAAUUCUCAGGUGUACUGAUAACAUUUUAAUUUAAAAGUAGUUUUCUUAGCAAUUUUUAUUUCAUAGAAGAUUCCUAUAAAAAUGGUUUGUCAGAAUUGCUGAAUUAUAUUAACAGUCCAGUCUGUUUCUUUAAAAGCCAUUUAACAUGUUAGUAUUAGCAUACUCAAAUUAGCAGUUCAUUUGUAUCUUCUUGUUUUCAUUAUAUAUUUUACAAAUAUACUUCAUGCAGUAAGCAGAAAAACUUGAUUUGGAUUAAUCUUUAUAUUUAGAACCAAAACAGCUAAAUCCCAAAGAGGAAAAUAUUAGAGAUUUAACAACUUUUAUAAUUCAAUCCUUGAGAAUUUUUCCUCAGAAGAAAAUUUAAAGAUGUACCUGUAGCUAUCAUUUCUUUCUCAGAUAUUUUCUCUCUGAUUUUACAGUGUUCUGUUCAUGUUUUAAGAAUUCCUAGAAAAGGAAUAGCCAUAUAAAUUAUUUUCCUUCCUGUUGUUUGUUCUUCUAAAGUUGUAUUUGUUCAUAUUUAAAGGGAAAAAGCAAGCUUAUAAGCAUUCAUAAAGUGUUCUUACUCAUUUUUAUAAUUUUUAGAAAUAAGACUGUUAGAAUGAUCAUUUUGUGCAGGUCUUUAUACUAUAGGAGUGGUUUGGAUAGAGUAGGAUUAAGUUUUUUCACAAAAAUACAUAUAUUUGCAAACCUAUAUUUUUGCUAAGCUUAGACAUUAACUAGGCAUUUCACAUAUCUCUGUAUCUGUGUCCAAAUUUUUAAGAGAUAUAUAUUUUAUUGUUUAUUUCUCAUAUAUAUACUAUUCUAUACUUGUAGGUAUACACAAGUAAAUGAACUUAAUAUGGCACUUUGCACUGCCACAGGGGUAAGAAUGUGCUAUGAAUAUAGUUAGAUGUUUUUAUUCCACAAAAAUCUGUGCAUCAUUUGCUGUCACCAGUACUGCUCAGCUUGCUCUUCAGGUGAUAAGAAACAAUGUGUAGAUUGCUUUCCAUGCAGGGAUGUUCUCUACCCUAUGCAAUGUUUCUUACUAAUUUGCUUGGUUUUGAGCCAUUUAUUCUGCUACAUUUUAGGAAAUACAUCAGUUCUGACUUACUAUUUUGGUCUUUGAAAGUUAGAACUUUCAAGGGGAAAGGGUGCUAUAUGUUUAUUGUUACUACUUGGUGAAGUAUUAAUAAGCUAUGAAAAUUGGUUAUAAAAGUAUUAGCCAUCUGUUUUAAAUGCCAAAAUGUUCACCAGGGAAAGAAUGUACAUUUUCUUUCUAGAAAACUAAGUGUACUUUAGAUAAGAAUGCAAUUAUUUGAAGGAUCAGUUUGUCUGUUACUCCUUAUGAGACUAGAUUCUCAAACUUGAUCUUCUUUCAAAUUGUUUGUAUGAAGAUACUGUGCCCAUUUAAACAGUCCUCAGGUUUAUAUAAAUGCUGUGUUUUACAGUUUUCAUGUUUUAAAAUAUAAUAAAGUCAAAUAGCUACAACA